CCACACACUGCCCCACAGACUAGAAAGCCAAUAAGAGAAGCCUUUAGAGGCCCAGAUGUGCUGUGAUUUCAGAACACAGAGCUCUGAGGCACCUUCAUCAUGGCCUGGACCCUCCUUUUACCUCUUCUCUCUUUGUAUGCAGGUUCUGUGGUCUCCUAUGAGCUGACCCAACCACCUUCAGCAUCAGUCCCAGUAGGAGAGACUGUCAAACUCACCUGCUCUGGGGAACAAUUACCAAAAAAAUAUGCUUAUUGGUUUCAGCAAAAGCCAGACCAGACCAUUUUGCAACUGAUAUACAAAGAUAGUGAGCGCCCCUCAGGCAUCCCAGAGCGAUUUGCUGGAUCCAGUUCAGGGACAACAGCCUCUUUGACCAUCAGUGGAGCCCAGCCUGAGGAUGAGGCUGACUAUUACUGUUUUUCGGGAUAUGGUGAUGAUAAUACUUUUUAUGUUUUCGGCGGCGGAACCCAGCUCACUGUCGUAGGUGGGCCCAAGUCCACUCCCAAAGUCACAGUGUUUCCGCCUUCACCUGAGGAGCUCCAGACAAACAAAGCCACACUUGUGUGUCUGGCCAAUGACUUCUACCCGGGUGCUGCAACAGUGACCUGGAAGGCAAAUGGAGAAACUAUCACCAAUGGGGUGAUGACUACAAAGCCCAUCAAAGAAGGUCAAAAGUACAUAGCCAGCAGCUACCUACGUUUGACAGCAGACCAGUGGAGAUCCCACAACCGUGUCACCUGCCAAGUUUCACAUGAAGGGGACACUGUGGAGAAGAGUUUGUCCCCUGCAGAAUGUCUCUAGGAGCCCAGCCUUUUCCUUAGGCUGGGAAUCUUGGAGCUAGGGGGCCCGGAAUGUGGUCUUUUCUCUAUACUAGUAAUCUCAAACUUUCUCUCUUACCCACUGAGUAUUCAAUAAAGUAUCAUUAAUCAGAA